CGCGUGACGGCAAAUGCCUCGACGGAAGUGGCGUCUUGUGUUCGCGCCGGUCCUGCGCUGAGAACAGCGUGUGUGUGUGCGCGCGUGUUAGCAGAGAGCAGCUUCCAUGGCGCCGGGUGGGCAAGCGGCGGCUAGUGGAAGCGGUUCUAGCGCGACGUCGCCGGAGGGGUUGCGGGGCUGGAUCCGAGGAGCCUUCCGCUUUGCCACCGACCGCAACGAUUUUCGCAGGAACCUCGUAGUAAAUCUGGGUCUCUUUGCUGUGGGAGUUUGGGUAGCCAGAAAUUUAACAGACAUUGAUUUGAUGGCACCGCAGCCCAUUGCAUAGAAGAGAUGAUGUGAAUGAAGUAGAUAUGCAUCGUCUGAAGAGUUUCUCUCGUGUUGCAAGACCAAAUGAGCUGUGAUUAAUGAUGAUACUUACCAAAAACAAAAAGCUUCUGUUAAGUAGUUUGAAGCAUCAGCAGCUCUAGAAGUUGUACCGAGAUGUGAAGGAUUGGAGAAAGUGAGACAUUUCAUCAUGAUCAGUUCACUUGCUUGGAAACAGUAUGUUUAAAACCCAAGGAGCUAUGCUGCUACUUGGAUUCACUUUUGCCAGAGGUGGUUAUUUAAAAGAUGGAGGUAUCUUUGUACCAAGAGUGUAACAGAUUCUGAAGUGUGAAAUAAAGACAUGUAAAUGCA